UGGGACUCUGUAGUCUCAGCACCGUCCCGGUCCUAGCAGUGCCCUCUCUGCUCGCCCCUCUGCCUGGAGGCCCACAAAGCGCAGAGGGUGGAAGGGAAGGCUAUGGGCAGCUCGCCCCUCGCCGUGGCGCUGCUUGCCCAGGGAAAUCAAGGGGGCAGCCGGGCAGAUUCCAACAGACAGAGGCAGAGAAAGCGGACUUGGGGAGGAUAGAGGACGGAGCACGAGGUCCGAGUCCGGGACACUGUCUCUGGCAGGGGGUUUCUAGGGUGAUGGUUGCUGCUGCAGCUGCGCUGCACGUCCGAAGUCACCAGAGAGGGGGAUCAAGAUGCCCCGACGGCUGGGGGGUGGGAUCAUCUGCAGCAGUUGCCAGAUGCUCCCGUGUUGUCUCUUGUGCCUCUUCAGCCAAUCAAAGGGAGCUGCUGUUUCUCCCUCUCUCGUUUCAUGCUGGCCAGCUUCCUUCACGCCUAUCCGGCCUGCCUCGCCCCUUCCAGCAAGGCGCCCUACGCCUCUGCCUCGGGCAGCCUGAGGAACGGGUCCCGGAGAUCGGUCCUGCUUGGUUGGCUGGAGGAAGGGACUUGGAGAUGAAGGCGGUGGGGUAAAGCCCCACCUGCGAUUUCUGGGUCAGGAGAUGGGUUGCAUAUGGGGCUGGGCUCCAUAAGGACUUCGGGCUACCCAUAAUUUUUCUUCCGUUGUUGAUAUCCUUUUCUUUUCAUAUCACUCUGCGAAGUCUUAGCACCCGACACAACAUUGCGAAAAAACAAUGGGCAACUAUUCAAACUAGACCAAAGGGAGUGAAGCUGCAUUAAAAGGGUUUUAUUUUGCAUGGGAAAUGCGAGCGGUUUUUAAAUACUAUAAAACGCAACUUCUCGGCAUGCACACGGCUUUGGGCUGCCCCUGAGCGCUAGAUCUGCAGCCCUACUGGGAUCAUUCCGGGGGGGGGAGGCAGAAUCUAAUCGAGGCUGCCCCUAAACUCGGGAAUUGAGAGACUAUAAAAGAAGACGGAAGUUUUGCCUCUUACCUGUUUAUAGUGCAGCGCGCUUCUUUGUAGCUCAGUUUCCGGCUCUCUGCCGGAAGUGGAGCCCAUGUGCAACCUCCUUUUGCUGCCAUGGCGGGAGCUGCGGGCGCGUCGCUCUGGGUAGUACCAGCAGCUCUUCAACAGGAUUCCUGCUGCGUUUAGCCCUUUCAGAGUGCCCCAUGUGGACCAGCUGCUUUCUCAGUUUUAGGCGACGCUUUAAGGAGGCAACAGUGAUUCUCGGUGGGGGCAGCCUGAUCUUCACCUCAUACCUGGUGGUCAAGGGAGAUGAGCACUUCUACGCUGCGCAGCUGAUGCCACUCCUGCAGAGAGUGGUGGGCCCUGAGACAGCCCACAGGCUGGCUGUGCGCUUUGUGGCUCUGGGGAUCCUGCCCUGCUCAAGCCAAGCUGACUCGGAUGCAUUGGCAGUGGAAGUCUUUGGGCGCCGGUUUCGGAACCCUCUUGGCCUGGCUGCUGGUUUUGACAAGCAUGGAGAGGCUGUAGAUGGACUCUACAAGAUGGGAUUUGGCUUUGUGGAGGUGGGGAGUGUCACUCCAGAGCCCCAAGAGGGGAACCCCAGGCCCCGUGUCUUCCGGCUGCCAGAGGACCAGGCCAUUAUUAACAGGUAUGGGUUCAACAGCCAUGGGCAUGCAGUGGUGGAGCACAGACUUCGAGCCCGACAAGAAACUCAGCGUCAGCUCAGCUCAGCGGGGAUGCCUCUUGGAAUAAAUCUUGGCAAGAACAAGGCCUCUGUGGAUGCAGCAGCCGACUACGUGGCAGGUGUGCGUGUGCUGGGCCCACUGGCUGAUUACCUGGUAGUGAAUGUUUCCAGCCCCAACACACCGGGACUGCGGGCCCUUCAAGGCAAAGCCGAGCUGCGCCUCCUGUUGGCCAAGGUGCUGGCUGAGAGGGACGCCUUGGCAUGCAAGCACAAGCCGGCUGUACUGGUGAAAAUUGCUCCAGACCUCACGGCCCAAGACAAGAAGGACAUUGCCAGUGUCGUCUCCGAGUUAGGCGUUGAUGGACUGGUGGUCACCAACACCACUGUGAGCCGCCCCAGCACCUUGCGUGCAGCUCUUCGUGGGGAGGCUGGGGGUCUAAGCGGAGCUCCCCUGCGAGAGCUUUCCACUCAGCUGGUCAGCGAGAUGUACUCUCUCACCCAAGGACGGGUCCCCAUCAUUGGUGUCGGUGGAGUCUCCAGCGGGCAAGAUGCCUUGGACAAGAUCCGUGCAGGGGCCUCCUUGGUGCAGAUGUACACUGCCCUCACUUACCGUGGGCCACCUGUGGUGGGUGCUGUGAAACAGGAGCUGGAGGCUCUGUUAAGGGAGCAAGGAUUCCAGAGCGUGCAGGAUGCUGUGGGUGCAGAUCAUGGCCUCUGAGGACUCCUGGCAUGGGCUUAGUGUGACAGCAGGCACUCUGUGGGCACAGAGAUGCUUGUUUGCCCAGAUCACCAUGGUAGCAUCCAUCAUGUUUCUGCUUGUAGUCCUGCUGACCCCCUCGUCUUCCCCUACAUGAGGGCAGGGGGGCUUCCA